AUGACAGUGAAGCACUUCCACCUGGAGUACAACAAACCGAAGGGACAGGACGCCUACUCUCCGGGAGACGUCCUGACUGGACGGGUCAUUGUGGUCACUACAAAGGAGACCAAAGUGCAGUGUUUCUAUGUGCGAGCCAAAGGCAAAGCCAAAGUGACUUGGUGUGAGGGAGCUGGACGUAAGACUGUGGUGGAACAAAACAAGAGGAAAUAUUUCUACUUUGAACACAUCAUUCUUCAGGACAAGAACAAGGGGGAUGAGAGAAUGGGUAUCAAGCAAGGUGAAGCCAUGGGGGUGUCAGUGGAGGUUAUCAAUGACUCCUCAAGAACUGUUACUCCCACGUUGUACCUGUGUCAGAAGCAAACUUUUGUAGCACAUUCCAAGCACAUGGUGUAUGCUGACAAUACUCUGGUUGGGAUGGGAGACACGGUGUCCCCUCAGAGCAGCCAUACUGUGACCAAGGUCCUGAGCAUCCCGCCUCUUCUGCCUCCCACCUUCUUCAACUGCUCCAUGAUGAAGCUGGAGUACAGGCUAAAGGUGACUCUUGAUGCAACGCAGGAGCGAAACUUUGAGAUCAAACUUCCUCUGAUAAUUCUUUUGGGUUCCCCAAAACAACCGCAGCAGAAACCAAAACGGUCCAUUUGUGGGGCUGCCAUGACAACAUGGAGGCCUGCUGGCGACUCCUCGUCUUCAUCUGCUGCGGUUUCUAUGGAUACGCCCCAUGGGAGCUCCCGGGACCAGCGGGAUGGGGUCCAGACUUACCCUCUCCGACUGGGAAUGUGGGUUGGUGUGUGCGUGUGA